CCAUAACCAUCCUCUUCUCCAUAUAUAUCCACCAAAAAUCCCUCAUUUAGACUCCAGAAACCUUUGAGAGAAACCCAUUUAUUAAUACCCACAAACCAAAAUGGAAGCCAAAUCAGUUGUUUCCUCUGCUAUUUUCACUAGCUCUUCACUUACUCCAGCUUUUCGUGCUAAUGAUAUAAAUAAAAGAAAGCUAUUGCUUUUGCCGUUAGCAAUUAAUCCAAAGCGAUGGAGCAUUGGAGUUAAUCAGAGAAGUUUCAGAUUCCGCCCAACAAUGGCUAGUCUGAGAGGUAAUUUGGAAGUUCCAACUUCUGUACCAGUACGAGUUGCACAUGAACUUCUUCUAGCUGGACACAGAUAUUUGGAUGUUAGGACUCCUGAAGAGUUCAGUGCUGGACAUGUGGUGGGGGCUAUUAAUAUUCCAUAUAUGUACAAAGUUGGAUCAGGAAUGUCAAAAAAUCCCAAAUUUCUUGAGCAAGUAUCUCAACAUUUUGGAAAAUAUGAUGAAAUUCUUGUUGGCUGUCAACUGGGGAAAAGGUCUAUGAUGGCUGCAACUGAUCUUGUAGCUGCGGGUUAUACAGGUGUGACCGACAUUGCAGGUGGAUAUGCUGCUUGGACACAGAAUAAACUUCCAACAGAAAUUUGAUGUGUAUGUUUAUGGGAAAUGUAAAUGCUUAUUAAAGCUCGAAGUAAGAAUUCAUUAAAGACAAUUAGGAGGGAAGAAGGUGAUUUGCUAGAAGACAUUAUUAACCAGUACAUAUUAACAAUGGAAAGUAUUAAAAAGAGAAAUAUUGUAAAGCAUAUUGAAGUCUCCUUGGCCCAUGGAAAAUCAAUAUCAUAUAAAAAAAAAUAAAAAAUAAAUAUAAACCAAAAAUCUACUGUUGUAAAUUUCAUGAAACUAAACUUCGAACUUUUUUUAUAAAGUUCAAGAAGUUUACUGUAGUCCUGUCUUAUUAUUCAAAUGUAAAUAUACAUAUGUUGGCAAAUCAUCUAAA